CCCCACAAAACACCACUCCAUGCAUCGCCAAUGUUCGACACUAUAUGCACUCUCCCGCUGACCUCGGACCUCUUUGCCCAGGCCAUCCACCCGUCUGAGCCAAUUGUCUCGGUUGGCCUUGCGGGUGGACAUGUCCAGACCUACCGUCUGCCCCCAGUAGCCUUCGAUGGCAGCUCCGGCGGCGAUGUCAUUGCGUCGGAGAACGGCUUUGGUACCGUAGACACAGAGUGGAGGACCCGGAGACAUAAGGGUAGCUGCAGGACGCUCGCUUUUAGCGUUGACGGAUCCCAACUGUAUUCUGCUGGCACCGAUGGCCUAGUAAAAGCCGCCGACUCAAUGACGGGACAGGUCGUCUCGAAGAUUGUUAUACCGCUUGACGCGACUACAAACAAGACGGAUGCGCCUGCCCUGCUCCACUGCCUAUCACCACAAACGCUACUCCUAGCUACCGAUUCCUCCGCCCUACAUCUAUACGAUCUUCGUGCGCCACACUCGCAACUCGCGUCAAGACCCAGUCAGACCCAUCAUCCCCACGACGAUUAUAUUGCCUCUCUGACCCCACUGCCACCCUCCGCUGCUAGCACCAGUGGCUUCAGCAAACAAUGGGUCACCACGGGCGGGACUACUCUCGCUGUGACUGAUCUUCGGCGGGGCGUCUUAGUCCGCAGCGAAGAUCAGGAGGAAGAAAUGCUGAGCUCGGUGUUCGUGGGAGGCAUGGCUGCGAGGGGAACUAGCAAGGGAGAGAAAAUACUUGUCGGAGGAGGCAGCGGCGUGCUGACUCUGUGGGAGCGCGGUCAAUGGGAUGAUCAGGAUGAACGAAUCAUUGUCGAUCGGAAUCCCAAAGGUGGAGAAAGCCUGGACGUGUUGACAAUGGUUCCUGAAGGCGUUGGAGCAUGGGGCAAGAUCGUGGCAGUGGGACAGGGUGAUGGUCUCGUGCGAUUUGUGAGAAUCGGCCAGAACAAAGUGAUUGCACAGCUCAGGCAUGAUGGGGAGUAUGAAGAUCAGGACCACCCUGGGGAACCUGUGGUCGGCCUGGGCUUCGACGUGGGUGGGCGCAUGAUCAGUGGUGGCGGCACGAAGCUCAAGAUCUGGCACGAGAAGGUUGGGGGAAAAGACGAGGACGAGAACGAAGAGGCCGAGGCAAACGGAGUUGGCAAGAGAGACCUGAGCGACGACAGUGAUGAAGAAGAUGACGAGGACGGGGAUAGCAGUGAUGACGAGCGCAAGCGACGCAAGCGGAGGAAGCAGAACAAAGGCAAAGACAAGAUCGGGAACCACGGCAUUAUGGCAACUUUCAGCGGAUUGGAUUGAUUCACCGCGCGUAUUCGGGGCGUGACGCUGAUAGGUAGGAUACCCGUGCAUUGCAGCGCAAUCCUCACUUUUGAGGUUACUCCUGCAAUUCUCACUUUUCGGUUUAGUAUGUUUUAGUACUCCAGUUUGGUCGGUCCAAGCCUUCUCUUCUCAAUCAGGCCCAUAACUUGAUAUUUCAAGCUUUUAUAGUACAAUCAAAUGGAGAUCUUUCUUCCUCUAGAAGAACUGAGUGUAAU